AUGGCGGAAACACUUUCACCCAUUGGCAUUGCCAAUCUCCCCAACCAGCGCCACAAGAUCGUCGCCAAGCGCGGUGCUGCCUUCACCAUCAUGGUCGCUGGCGAGUCGGGCCUCGGCAAGACCACCUUCAUCAACACUCUCUUCUCUACCACCAUCAAGAACUACGCCGACCACCGCCGCCGACACACCAAACAGGUCGACAAGACGGUCGAGAUUGAGAUCACCAAGGCUGAGCUGGAGGAGAAGUUCUUCAAGGUCCGCUUGACCGUCAUUGAUACUCCUGGUUUCGGCGACUAUGUCAACAACCGCGACUCGUGGCAGCCAAUCAUUGAGUUCUUGGACGACCAGCAUGAGAGCUAUAUGCUUCAGGAGCAGCAGCCGAAGCGCCAGGACAAGAUCGACCUUCGCGUGCAUGCAUGCUUGUACUUCAUUCGGCCCACUGGACAUACCCUCAAGCCGCUGGACAUUGAGGUCAUGAAGCGCUUGUCGUCGCGCGUCAACCUCAUUCCCGUGAUUGCCAAGGCAGACACCCUCACCCCACACGAUCUCGCCCGCUUCAAGCAGCGCGUCCGCGCGGUGGUAGAAGCCCAAGGCAUCAAGAUCUACACCCCUCCGCUCGAAGAAGACGACGAAGCCGGUCUCCAACACGCCCGCACCCUCAUCUCCGCCAUGCCCUUCUCCGUCAUCGGCUCCGAGCGCGACGUCAACACCCCCGACGGCCGCACAGUCAAAGGCCGCCAAUACGCCUGGGGCGUGGCCGAAGUCGAAAACGAAGAACACUGCGACUUCAAGAAACUCCGUGCCAUCCUCAUCCGCACCCACAUGCUCGACCUCAUCCACACGACGGAAGAAAACCACUACGAAGCUUACCGCGCCCAACAGAUGGAGACGCGCAAGUUCGGCGAGGCCCGGCCGAGGAAACUGGAUAACCCCAAGUUCAAGGAGGAAGAAGAGGCGUUAAGAAAGCGCUUCACGGAGCAGGUUAAAGUGGAGGAGCAGCGGUUCAGGCAGUGGGAACAGAAACUCAUCUCUGAGCGCGAUCGUCUUAAUAAGGAUUUGGAGACCGCGCACAGUGAUAUUAAGAGGUUGGAGACGGAGGUGGAGAGUUUGCAGGGGAGUGUCAACAGGACUGGGAGGCGCUAG